GGCAGAGUCGGAGUUUUGGCCACAGAGCAGCCAGCGGGGCGGACACCCAACUCGGGGCGCUCCGAGGCGCGUCUGCAGAGGCGCCCGCGCACUGGAGCCGCAGAGACGCCCACCGGGAGAUGAAGAAACAGCAACGCAGAGAGAAGUAACCCAAGAUCAUUCUGCAGAGGAGCAAGGACAAGGACCCUCCCUGUUCAAACCUGGACCCUCCCAGGCAGGACGGACUUUCUGCAGCUUGACGGGGCCAACCAUGGAUUUCAGGCGCGUGAAGGACUAUUUCUCCUGGCUCUACUAUCAAUACCAAAUCAUUAGCUGCUGCGCCGUCCUGGAGCCCUGGGAGCGAUCCAUGUUCAACACCAUCUUGCUGACCAUUUUUGCCAUGGUGGUGUACACUGCCUACGUUUUUAUCCCAAUCCACAUCCGGCUGGCCUGGGAGUUUUUCUCCAAAAUGUGCGGCUAUCCCAGUACACUCCCUAACUGAGCUUGCCUGCGCCCUGAGAAUUGGCAUCGCCUAAGCAUGUGUGGCUUCCGGCUCCUUGUUUCAGGGGAGCAGUGUGUCUUCGCCCACUCUCUGACCCGAAAGGCUCUCACUUCUCUAUGCACUCUUAGGUCCUGCCUGAAAUCUGAGAUCGAUGUCUCUUUAGGUUCUUUUGUACACGUUACAUUGUGCAUCAGACUGUAGAUUAUACAAUGACCUUACCUCACAUACCGUAUUUUCUCAACUUAAAUCUAUGACUUUAGUUUGUUUGUUUUUAAUCAGAAAAUUUCAUAUAAAAUUUUUCUGGAAAGUAGGCUCAUAAGAAACCUACUAGAAUCAUGUUUCAAAUGCUCCCUUGAUACCGAUUCUGUACUAAAGGAUAUAUUUUUUCAAAUUUGUUCAUAGGCUCCUGUCAAAAGUGUCAUAUCCUUGUUUACAAUAUAAAGAUGUGAAUAAAUUAUAUGCGCCCCCUAAAGUAUUGUUUUUUACUAAACUACUGACACCUAAAAUUCUUUUACUUCAAGUGCAGAAGAAUAGGCUGGAGGCAAUUAUCUCCUUUCAGACACGGUUCCUGAAUUGUUUCAAAUGCCUCUAAAAGUCUGGCUUUAUAGCAAUUUAAAAUCAAAAAUGUUGAUUUUAGAUAACCCAGUAAGUAUUAUAAUACAAAAUAAUUUUAAGUAUAAGAAACAAAAUAUAAUCGAAGUAAAUUCAGACUUUGUGACUUGUGAUGUUGUCUUGCCUUGCAUGAUGCUGGGGGGUGGGGUUGGAAAAAAGAAAUUGCUUUUUUUCUGUGCUUUCGCUCAGUGGAGGGGGGAGCAUGUAUUGGGCUACAGGAAGAAAAGCUAACAAAUAGGCUGGAAGUAAUAUUCUACCAGCAGGAACUCAUCAGCUCCAGUUAAAUGCUCCUUUGCAGAGCAAAAACGAGAUUUAUGAAAUUUCUUUCAAAG